UUUCCUCAACCUUCCAGCUAGUAGCUGCUGCUCUCCGUUCCCUUGACUUCCAUGCUCGACUGACAAGUCGCGUGAGAUUUUUACAAAGAAAAAAGAAGGCUAGGACAAUUAGGGUUGCGAGUUCACCUCGACUAGGGAUGAGCUUAUUUAUUUCGGAUCGGUGGCCUGAUCGACCUCUGCUACUUGCAGCGAUACCUGGUUUCCUCACAAUCCAGUCAUGACCUCGGCUCUCCUGUAGGCCAAGAAAAUAUUAAUUUAGGAAUAGGCCGACAUAGCGUAGAUUUUAGUAAUAUCCACUUAUUGGUCAUUUCGAGGUUCCCGAAAUCUGACUUUACAGACCCUAGUUUCUGCAGGGUGUUUUUCAGAAUUCUCAAAAAGACCCUAGUUUCCGUCACCGGGCACGCUCGCCAGUAGACGUACAGGCAUGGACCCUCUUCCACAAGACCAUGGCUUCAAUCCCAAGGCUCUAGGGUCGUGGGCUCGGCGCACGGGACUGGUCAGUGGCUUCAUGUCUCCGCGUAGGGACAGCAGCGUCGUUGACGUUACCGAAGGCACCAAUACAGUCACGCCCGCUUCGCCGUCCCGCGCUAGCAGCGCAGACGGCAGCAGCUAUCAAGCGAGCGGGUUUCACGGGCAGGGGGAAGGAUACGAGGGGGAAGGGGGGCACGGGGGCCGCGCGCACGGGUUCGAGCAGCCGGGGGGUCAAGCCGCCGCUCCGCAACUUCCCCCGCCGCCUGGCCGAUCCGCGUUCAAGAAGGCGCCCUCGAUUCGCUACCCCGUCGCGCAGCGGGGCGAAGCGAGUAGCGACAGUAUCGGGGCUGGUAGUACGAAUACUAGUCUUAUGUCUCCAACGGCUCCUCAUGGCGUAGGUUCCGCUACUAUACCGGAAGCCGAUAACGAGGGGGUUUCGUCGAUCUCUGAAAGUGACGCGGGAAUGGGAAGCACGCGAAGGUUUGACGAGGUUUCGAGCCACGGUGGGGGGAAGGCUGGCGGAGCGGCAGCGGCGGGCUGGGCCGGAGGCGCGUACGUAGGCGCGGCUAUCGGGGGAAGGGUCGGCGGAAGCCAGGUGGCGCCUUAUCCGGAGGAGGAGGAGGGGGAAGCGGGGGAGGGGGAGUAUGAGGGGGAAUAUCGGAUGGCGGAGGGGGUGUAUGGGUACGAGGAGGGGGAGGAUAUGGGGGGUGAUGACGGGAUGAUGUAUAAAGAGGGGUGUCACAGGAUGGACGAUGUGAUUGUAGACGAUGGGGCUUUAGACGAGGGGAUGGAACGGACGGGUGUGAUGAACUAUGAGAUGCGGGAGAGGCCCGAGGCCGGGUGGAUGGUGGCGUACGCGUUACAGCACGUGGUCGCGCUUAUAGCGAACGUCAUCGUGUUCCCGAUGAUACUCGUCCCCGCUAUGGGAGGCUCCGACCUCGACACAGCGGCGGUGAUCCAAUCGGUGAUGAUGGUAACGGGCAUCGCGACCAUCGUGCAUGUCAUGCUCGGCACGCGUCUGCCCCUCGUUCAGGGGUCGUCUCUCGUGUACCUCGCGCCAGCCAUCGUCAUCGCCAACUCGCCCCAAAACCUCAGCGCCGACAGCUCACAGCGGUUCUCCCUGACGAUGAGGGAGACAAUGGGAGCGGUGAUGGUGGCGUCUCUCCUGCAAGUCCUUGCCGGCUACUCGGGCUUCAUGUCGCUCCUUAUAGAGCUCAUCAACCCUGUCGUCGUGGCGCCCACCAUCAUGGCGGUCGGCCUCUCGUUUCUCUCCUACGGCUUCCCUGUCAUCGGCCGAUGCGUCGCCAUUGGCCUCCCAGAGCUCAUCAUAAUCACCAUUUUCGCGCUGUACCUGCGCCGAGUGUCCUUCUGGGGCUCAAGAUUCUUCCAGAUCCACGCGAUCUCCCUGGGCCUGGCAAUCACGUGGCUGUAUGCGCUGAUCUUGACCCUCUCGGGUGUGUACAGCUACCCCGACUGCUCGCCGUCCAAUGUCUUCAAUAGCGCUUCCUCGCAGUGCGCGGAGAAGGUCGCUCGAAUGGACAGCUGCCGCACAGAUGCUUCAAGUGUGCUGUCGGACGCCAAGUGGGUGGCGCCCCCGUACCCGUUUCAGUACGGCAUGCCGAUCUUCCGCUGGGAGUCGAUCUGCAUCAUGCUGCUGCCGGCCCUUGUAUCGACCAUCGACUCGGUCAGCAACUACCAUGCGACCUCUCUGCUGGUGGCUGCCCGCCCCCCAACAGGCGGUGUAGUCAGCAGGGGGAUCGGCAUCGAGGGGUUAACCAGCGUGCUGGCGGGAAUGUGGGGCACCGGCGCUGGCGCCACCACGCUCACAGAGAACAUCCACCUGGUUGCGGUUACCAGAAUGGGCUCGCGCGUUACAAUUAUUGUCGGGGCGGCACUCCUUGUCUUCUUCUCCAUGUUUGGUAAAGUCGGAGCUCUCUUCGCCUCCAUGCCGCCAGUGAUGGUGGGAGGGCUGUUAACAGUAAUGGCGUCAAUGGCAGCAUCGCUGGGCCUCUCCUCGCUGCGCUACGCCGAGAUGGGCUCCUCGCGCAACCUGCUCAUCACAGGCCUCGCGCUCUUCCUGGCUCUCUCUGUGCCGGAUUACUUCAAGACGUACACGGCGUCCAAUGGGCACGGGCCUGUCAACACGUCUAGCUCUGGGCUCAACUUCGUCCUCAACUCUCUACUUUCUCUCCCCAUGGCAAUCGCCUUCAUGGUUGCUUUCUUCCUCGACAACACUGUACCCGGCACGGCCACUGAGCGAGGCCUCUACGUUUGGUCCGGACGCAAGGCGGCUCGGGCUGACCCUCUCAUGCACGAGGACUACGACCUGCCGUUUGGAAUGAGCAGGUUCUUCUCCUGGGUCUUUUGGCUCGGUGUGUAAAAGCAGCCUAGGUCAAAGACUAAGGAGGUUGCAGCAUUCAAGGCGGCUUGGGCUGACCCCCGGCUCGGGCGGACCCUCACAUGCACGAGGAGUACGGCCUGCCGUUCGGAAUGAGCAGGUUCUUCUCGUGGGCGUUCUGGCUCGGCGAGUGCUGCGCGGGGGAUAAAGAGUAGUGGUGGAGGUUACAGCAUAGGGAGUAGUGUAGGUGGAAGCAUGGAUGGGCUCAGGCCUGCGUGAGGAGUAUGACCUGCCGUUCGGCCUGAGCAGCCUCUUCUCCUGGGUGUUCUGGCCUGGUAGACUACUGGAUUAGAAUGGAGCAGCUGGCGAGCGCUGGUGUGCAUAGCUAUCUCUGCAUUCUCAUGUUCUCUGGGAAGUUUUUUGAGGCGCCUUAGAAAUAGCUACCUCUGCAUUCUCAUGUUUUCUCUGGGAAGUUUAUCUGUUUAUGAGCGCCUAGCGCCUUGGCUUCCUGCAGUGUAGGAGUGGCAACUGGUUGGGGCAUGUGCUAUCUAA